CUGUGGAACGCAUCGGAGUCGUCAGGUUCGUUGUGCUUUGGAUCGUUUUGAUUCUCGUAUUAACCGGAACGGUCGGUCGUCUGUGAAUUUCUGUACUGCAAGUGUGGCACGCAAUCACGAAACCCACUGUGUUGCUGUUGUUGUUAUUGUUGGCAGUGGGCAGUGCUGUUCCGUCACAACGGUUAUAACUCCGUUUGCGAUUUACAGACCCUGUCUGCAGAUAUUUGAAAUUUUUACCUGGCAUCUCUGAUGUGCUAUUAUUGGAGGGUUCAUUUUUUUUCCGGUUGUUUUUGACUAAGAGCGUGCUCGUAUGUCGUGCCAAGGUGAGGUGCCCCUCGUGGUUUGAGUUGAGUGUCAAUUACAUACAUACGUACGUACUUACGUGCGCGGUGUUCCCGUCGGACACAAAGUGACCAAGUGUCAAACGGCGUGAAUUCCACCGAGGAUUCCUGCUCGCACGGUGUAAUAAUUGUGGUGCUUAUGCAAAUGCGCGAAAAAGCGUCUUCAUUUUGAGUAGAAGAGGCGUUAGAUUUACUCAUCGUAUCACUUCUUGACCGAGUCGUGCGGAGAAGAGCGACAACAUCGGGUGGGGUGUGUUUUGAGUUUCUUUUUCGACGUGUGCUAUUCUUCGUGACGACAUUUUAAAAGCGCCGUAUACUGUGGUGAAUUGAGUGGUGAGAGAGUAGUUCCCUUGGUUGCGCUGCUUGUCGGAGCGGCAGAGUAAGCGAGAGCGAAAGAGAGACCACAACAACUUAAUUGCUCGAUUCAAGCUUCACAUGGAACUCAAACAAAACACGGCAGCUCGGAAGCUCGCUUAACCUGUGUCGCGUCCUGUGUCCACUAAAAUACGAACAACAACCGUUACCCGGUGCUGCUGCUGCUGGCAAACAGAAGGUGAAUCCGCGCGGAAUUGUGCUAAUUAAUUACCUAUUCCACCGCUUCCUCCCCGUUGACGUUCGUCGGUCGAUAGUUUCAUCCUCGUUCAACGGAGACGUGUGUUGACGGGUAACAGAAAAAAAGUCAUAAUAAAUAAUUAAUCAAAUCCCUUCUGUUACUUCGAUGUAGUGGACUAGACUUGGUGGUUACUUGACUGGCACCGGCUUGUUUAACUCGAUUAAAACCGGCAGGCAUCGACUACUGGGGAGACGAGUCGGUAAUCACUGGUAACUAACUGGCUUACGUGGGUGCUAUGCAAAUAUCUUCGCCGUACGCGGAACGGUUGGUGUUGGUAGCAGCGGGCUGGAUAACAUUGUGUCCAGAUUGAUGACGGUGAUGACGCCGAUGUUGAUGAUGAUGAUCAUGGUCGCGGUGAUGGCGGUAACGAAAGCCACCAAUUAGCAUACAAUCGCGUAAAUCUGCACGAAUGUCAUCCGUUGAAGCGGCUUGUAUUAAAUUAGAAGAAGAAUAAGAAAACGUAAGAAGAGCUACAAGUGAUCAGAAGCCGACAGUGAGUAAGAAGAGAAGCGUAGAAAAAGUAUCAUACCUUAACCGAGCAAGUGGAAGAAAGGGAACAAAUCAAAUUGUGAAGGAAAAAAAAUCGCGAAACAGCGAAAAAAAAAGUUUACUCGUUUACUUUUAGUUCUGGUCGCGUUCACCGAGGGAAUUUCUGUUUCUUUGGUGCAUGACCAAAACCUCUCGAACCGCGCUCCGUUCUUUCCUGACCGGGCGAAGGGAAGAGGAGAAAGAAAUGAGCAGCAACAAAACCGAAAUCAGUGAUUGUUGUUGAAAUUAAACCAGAUAAAAUCCCACGAAUCAAAAAAAAAACAGGAACCGACCGACCCGAAUAGUGAAGCGAAACUAGCUGAGUAAUAAGUAAUAAUAAAAAUAAUAAUCAAUAUUUGGUGCGCAGGCGAGCAUAUCUCGAAGAAAUUCAGCGAAGACUGAAACGAAGCAGUAAUAAAAUUUAACGGUUUCGGAUUGAAAAAGCAGGGAAAAAAUUGCUGAUUGAUAAAUUGAUUGAUUGUGCAUUUUUUUCGUUGUUGUUGUUGUUGGUGUAGUUGUGGUUGUUGUUUCGAAUCCGUCCGAAUGUGUGUAUGAUUGUUUGUGCAAUUUGCGCCAGCUUUCGCGCGGUUCGAUCGAAGCCAAGUGAGCACCAAUAAAAAGUAAUUAAUCGCAAUCAAACGUGUGCAUGUUGGGAGCAGCUCCGACUAUCAAAACCGACCGACAAGAAGAAGAAGAAGCAAAAAAGUAUCGUAGCAAGCGAGGAUGAAUGAAGCAGCGGCAAGGCUAUUCUUUCCCAGAAGGCACGAAAAUUGUUUCUGAAUUAGGUCUGUUUUUGUUUUCGACCUUUGCUGUUUUAUUUGCUGUCUGGUUCGGUUCGGCGAAGGUGUUCGUGUGUGUGUGCGGUGUGUGGAACCAGUUUUAAGCCACGGUACAACUAAGAAUCGAAAGUGUGUUGCUCCCCCCUCCCACAAAGGGGCGCGAAGCGAAGAAACGCAAAGCCCGAAAAUUCAAUUAUAGUAAGGUGCUAAUUUCCGAGUGCCACAGCCAAAGGCUCGCAGCCAAGCCUGAUUUAAUCGGUCCAUUACCGGGAAACCUGAUCGCGAGUUUGUGAUUAUACGAGCGAUCCUGAUUUGCGAAUUUGAGUCCGGGAGAUCGUGACAGUUUGAACAGAACACAACAGAAGGAAUGUAUCCGGCACCGACUAGACAUCCGUCAGCUGGGGGUCCACCCCCGCAGGGGCGACAGUUCACAAUUGCUGAGACGCUCGAACGGAUAAAGGAAGAGUUCAAUUUUCUCCAGGCACAGUAUCAUUCAUUGAAGCUAGAAUGUGAUAAACUCGCCAGCGAGAAAACCGAAAUGCAGCGACAUUAUGUCAUGUACUACGAAAUGUCCUACGGUCUCAACGUGGAAAUGCACAAACAGACGGAAAUCGCCAAACGCCUCAACGCCCUGAUCGGGCAGCUUCUGCCGUUCCUGGCUACGGAGCACCAGCAGCAGGUCGCACAGGCCGUGGAACGUGCGAAACAGGUCACAAUGCCGGAGCUGAAUGCCAUCAUCGGGCAGCAACAUCAACAGCAGGGAAUUCAGCAACUGCUACAACAGAUUCACGCACAGCAAAUCCCGGGAGGACCACCGCAACCGAUACCGGGCCUGGGAGCACUGGCCGGUCCACUGACGGCAUUCGGCGGUCCGAUGGGACUGGGCCCGCAUGGAACACCACAAAGUCUGCUGAAAGCACCGCCGGACCUGCACCGGGAGGAUCUGAAGGUGCCCCUGGGAGGACCGUCCGCCGAGGAACGAAUGCGCAACUCCGUUUCUCCUGCUGAUCGUGAGAAGUACCGACCCCGAUCCCCUUUGGAGCUUGAAAGUGAAAAUAAGCGACGGAAAGAGGAAAAACUUAACCACGAAAGCGACGGGGACAAAAGUGAACAGGAAUUGGUAGUGGACGUCGCAAACGAAACGGGAACUCCAUCACCUCGGCCGAACGGCGAUCAUGUUUCACUGGAGAGCCGAGACCGGGACAGUGUUGGCCUGAAUGGCAAUGACAAAGCCGGCUCCAGCAGUCUGAAGGGUACAAAUGAUCGACCCCCGUCGCGGUCCGGUUCCAGCUCAUCCCGAUCAACACCAAGCCUCAAAACGAAAGAUCUCGAUAAACCUGGUACACCCGGAACCAAAGCACGCGUCCCGACGCCCAACUCAUCGACUCCGGGUGUUCCCAAAGCAGUAGUACCUCCCACAGCGGCCGGUUAUCCGGCGUCUCCAUAUCAACGACCGUCGGAUCCGUACGCCAGACCCCCACCGGAUCCGUACGGUCGGCCACCGGUUCCGUUCGAUCCUCAUGCUCAACUACGGACCAACGGAAUUCCGCUGCCGGUUUCGAGUGGUAAACCUGCCUACUCAUUUCACAUGAACGGUGAAGGAGGUCCCCAACCGGUGCCGUUUCCUGCUGAUGCCCUUACCGGGCCCGGAAUUCCUCGCCAUGCCCGCCAAAUCAACACGCUAAUGCACGGGGAAGUCGUUUGUGCGGUCACCAUCUCCAAUCCAACCAAAUACGUGUACACCGGAGGAAAAGGUUGCGUCAAAGUUUGGGACAUUUCCCAACCGGGCAGCAAAAGUCCCGUCAGUCAGUUGGAUUGUUUGCAACGGGAUAACUACAUCCGCUCGGUCAAACUCCUUCCCGAUGGACGAACGCUGAUCGUCGGAGGUGAAGCGUCGAAUCUCUCCAUCUGGGAUCUGGCGAGUCCGACCCCGCGGAUCAAGGCCGAACUAACAUCGGCAGCACCGGCCUGCUAUGCCCUUGCCAUCAGUCCCGACUCGAAGGUGUGUUUCUCGUGCUGCAGCGACGGAAAUAUUGCCGUCUGGGAUCUACACAACCAGACAUUGGUGCGGCAGUUCCAGGGUCACACCGACGGUGCCUCCUGCAUCGACAUCAGCCCGGACGGUGUACGGCUGUGGACCGGUGGUCUGGAUAACACCGUUCGAUCGUGGGAUUUACGUGAAGGACGCCAACUGCAACAACAUGACUUUAGCUCGCAGAUCUUUUCGCUCGGUUACUGUCCGACCGGUGAAUGGCUUGCAGUCGGAAUGGAAAACUCACACGUCGAGGUCCUCCAUGCCACCAAACAAGACAAGUAUCAGCUGCAUUUGCACGAAAGUUGCGUUCUGUCACUGCGGUUUGCAGCCUGUGGCAAAUGGUUCGUCUCAACCGGCAAGGAUAAUUUGCUGAACGCGUGGCGCACUCCGUACGGUGCUAGUAUAUUUCAGUCCAAAGAGAUCUCGUCAGUACUUAGUUGUGAUAUUUCGACCGAUGACAAAUAUAUCGUUACCGGUUCCGGUGAUAAAAAGGCCACCGUCUAUGAAGUCAUCUACUAGAAAGCAUCAGCCCAUCUUCUCCUCCCAGUAACCGGUGAAAGCUACCGACAACCGACAGCGCCUAGCACCGAUUAACUCACCGACCUCCACUGACUUCAUUACCCUUCUCGGUGCCGCUGCCGGUGGCAUCACCGUUCUUCAGUAAAGGUUUCUCUUGCUUUGGGCCCGGGCUGGUUGUUUCACGCAGUGUUGGAUACUUUUGGAUGCAGCAAACAAACAGAAACGAUUCAAUCGGUGCCGGAGGUUGUGGCCCAAAAAACAAACAAUUCAACAGAAAAAAAGUGUAGAUCAAUUUUACUGACUGUAUCAGUUUCUAGUUAAGUUCGAACAGAAGAAAUGCCCACGCAAGCACCAGGUGUAACCGUCAUCAUCAUCAAGCUGACGAUAGAAAACUUCGAACACGUGUUAAUUGGUAAGAGCGGUCAUUUUCCGACAAUCGUUUCGAUCGUUCCCGAACCAUGUCACGUUCCACAAAUGACAAAAGAAAUAGGAAGCAAAAAAAAACACACAUUGGUUCCGGCAGCAACCGAGAAUCGAUUGUCCGAAAAUGACCCGUAUGAGUUAAGUAACUUAAAGCAAAAGUUUAAAGUUGAAUCUUUCAAAUGAAAAUAAUAAAAAAAUCAAAGAAAUAACUGUAAAGCGACUAGCGAAAGUAAAAAAACAAGCCAGAAAACAAGAAAAAAGAUUAACCUAAUUAUUAGAACUUUAGUGAUUGCCGUCAAACAAAAAAUACAGAGUAUUGUACAGUAUUUGAGAAACUCGUAAUGUUAAUUAUAUGAUUAAGAGCAGGAAACAAGAAGAAGAAGAAGAAAAAGAAUUUGCAACUGCGCAGAGAUCCUUUGAGGUUUCAACUGUAAAUUCAUUUAAAAGUUUUGACUGUAAAAAAAACACUCACACACAAACAAGUACAUCUAAUUGUUUCUUUUCACGUAUUUGUCCCAGUGGAAUAGCAACAAAAGCAACAACAACAAAAAUCGAUGUCCGUUUAUUCCAUUUUCAAAAAAAAAGAUAAGAUACAUUUCCACCAUUCUUUAGCGAUCUAAUGGCCAAGUGAUGUAGAAACGAGAGAGAGAAAGAGCGCAAAUUUUUCCCCAUCACAAAUUAUUAUUGCUUGCUAUCCUUAACGAUUAUUGAAAUCAAGAAAAAGAAGAAAAAAAAACAUACAAAUAUGCGACCGGGCGGAUAAAAACUUCACCUGUCUACUAACGACGAAAAAAAGAAAACUAGAACUUCAUUUUCCCGCAAGCUCAACCGACCGAAUGACAAGUGGAACAACAACCAUCUCUCUAAAAGGCUACGUAAGAGUACAGAGAUGGUAGCAGAUUGGAAGAGACUCUGAAGCGCAACCGCGCAACGGCUUAAAACCGCGGCUCGCGGUGGUGCGGUCGAAUCAUAUGUAAGUCGUCGGAAAAUCAUUACAGCAGAGAGAAAGUAGAAAUCUGGGAAACCAGCAACACUGGAAAGUUCAAUAUAAAUAUUAUAAAUAAAUAUUUUUAGACAUGAAAAUAUUAAAA